AUGGCAAGAUCACCAGAGAGGAAAAGAAUUAUUGUCGCCAUUACCGGCGCUACAGGCGCUCAAAUCGGCAUUCAAAUCUUGAAGACACUUCGGGGUCUCAAUGUGGAAACACACCUCAUCAUCAGCAAGUGGGCGGGGGAGACCAUCAAAUACGAGACAGACUACACCACAGCAACGGUGCGCGCGCUGGCAGACUAUUCAUACAAUGCGCACGACUUGGCGGCGCCCAUCUCGAGCGGCUCCUACAAGGUGGACGGCAUGAUUAUUGCCCCCUGCUCAGUCAAGACGCUGGCUGCCAUCAAUGCUGGCAUUUGCGACGACUUGAUCACGCGGGCCGCCGACGUGUGUCUCAAGGAGCGGAGGAGGGUUGUGCUGUCUGUCAGAGAAACUCCCCUCAGCGAAAUCCAUCUCAGAAAUAUGCUCGACGUUUCGAGGGCGGGUGCUAUUAUUGCACCACCCGUCAUGGCGCUAUACACGCGCCCUUCUUCAAUUGAAGAUGUGAUUACUCAGAUGGUCGGCCGGUUACUCGAUUUAUUCGAUUUGGAUGCCCGGAACUUUGAAAGAUGGGAAGGAAUGCAGAAGGAAGUGUAA